AUGCCCCCCAAAACCUCUGCCCGAGGGCAGGAUGACAAGCCAGACGGCCCCGCUACAAAAGAACGCCCUUCAGCAUCCUCCGCAAAGAUGCGUCGCAACGCCAGCCAGACCAGCAACAACCAACCUCGCGAAGCGCCGACCAGUGCGCCGACUUCAGCGCCCGCCCCUGGCUUGUCCGAGCCCGCGCCUCCUACCAUCCCCUGGGCCACCUUCGAGCGAGACGCCCUGCACGCCUACCGACGAGAACACGACCUCCCUUCCGCGACGUCGUUUGCGAGCACAUAUCACCAAUACGUCCUCUCAGAAAAAGCCGGCAUCGGCCUGUACUCGCCUACCAUGGUGCGCAAGAAGAGGGCCCGUCGCCAGAACAAAGACCACCUGGCACUCGCUGUGCGCAAGCACUUUAAUGGGGUCGGCAUCCAGGAGAACGACGUUAUUGUUGAAUUUAUCAGCAAAAUCCGUCAUAGCAAGACUGUCAAGCUGAUAGGGCCGAGCAAGAACGAGGCUCUGUUUGCCGACUAG